CGCCCCGCAGGCCCCGGCCCGCCCCUGCCUCCGGGUCUCCCCGGCACUCGGCCCGCCCCCAAAGACGUGGAGCGCCGCGGCGGCCGCAAGUUUGUCAAAGAUGAAAGUGACCUUAUCAGCUCUGGAUACUUUCGAGAGUUCCUUCACGCCUCUGGUAGUCAUAGAACUUGCUCAGGAUGUCAAAGAUGAAACCAAGGAAUGGCUGAAAAACAGAAUUACCAUGAAAAAGAAAGAUGGAGGUGCCCAGCUGUUGUUUAGACCGUUGUUAAAUAAAUAUGAGAAAGAAACAGUGGAGAACCAGAACUUAUACCUUGUUGGUGCCUCCAAUAUUAGAUUGUUACUCGGGGCAGAAGCGGUGGGAUUGGUAAAGGAGUGCAACGAUAACACCAUGAGAGCCUUCACCUACGGAACCCGACACAACUUCAAAGGAUUUGAUGAUAACAAUGAUGAUUUUCUCACAAUGGCAGAACGCCAAUUCAUUAUCAAACAUGAACUUGAAAAUCUUAGAGCCAGAGAUGAAAAAAUGAUCCCUGGUUACCCCCAGGCAAAGUUGUAUCCAGGAAAAUCUUUAUUGAGAAGACUGCUCACGUCUGGCAUCGUGAUUCAGGUGUUCCCACUGCAUGACAACGAAGCCCUGAAGAAGCUGGAGGACUCCUGGUACACUGGGUUUAAUUUGAAGUACCAGCCCAUAGACGGUAUCCGUGGCUACUUUGGGGAAACAAUCGCUCUUUACUUUGGAUUUUUGGAGUAUUUCACUUUUGCCUUGAUCCCCAUGGCGGUCAUUGGGCUACCUUACUACUUGUUCGUGUGGGAAGACUAUGACAAGUAUGUGAUCUUCGCCUCCUUCAACCUGAUCUGGUCCACAGUGAUCCUGGAAGUGUGGAAGCGUGCCUGUGCCAGCAUGACCUACAGGUGGGGGACCCUGGUCAUGAAGAGGCAGUUUGAGGAGCCCCGGCCAGGAUUUCACGGGGUCCUGGGCAUCAAUUCCGUCACGGGCAGGGAGGAGCCGCUCUACCCCAGCUACAGGAGGCAGCUGCGCAUUUACCUGGUCUCUCUGCCCUUCGUGUGCCUCUGUCUCUACUUCUCUCUGUACAUCAUGAUGAUUUACUUCGACAUGGAGGCCUGGGCCUUGGGUCUCCACGAGAACAGCGGGUCCGAGUGGACCAGUGUCCUGUUGUAUGUGCCCAGCAUCAUCUAUGCCAUCGUGAUUGAGAUCAUGAACCGCCUCUAUCGAUAUGCUGCCGAGUUUUUAACUUCGUGGGAGAAUCACAGAUUGGAGUCUGCCUACCAGAAUCAUCUAAUUUUGAAAGUUUUAGUGUUCAACUUUCUGAAUUGCUUUGCCUCACUCUUCUACAUCGCCUUUGUCCUGAAGGACAUGAAGCUCUUACGUCAGAGCCUGGCCACGCUCCUGAUUAUGUCCCAGAUCCUGAACCAGGUUGUGGAAUCCCUGCUGCCUUAUUGGCUCCAAAGGAAGCACCACGUGCAGGUGAAGAAGAAGGUGCAGGCUCUGAAGGCAGACAUCGACGCCACGUUAUACGAACAAGUCAUCCUGGAGAAAGAAAUGGGAACGUAUUUGGGCACCUUCGAUGACUACCUGGAGCUCUUGCUGCAGUUUGGCUACGUGAGCCUUUUCUCCUGUGUUUACCCGUUAGCAGCGGCCUUCGCUGUGUUAAAUAACUUCACCGAAGUUAAUUCCGAUGCCUUAAAAAUGUGCAGAGUCUUCAAACGUCCAUUCGCAGAGCCUUCGGCCAGUAUUGGUGUAUGGCAGUUGGCUUUUGAAACAAUGAGUGUUAUCUCCGUGGUCACUAACUGUGCUCUGAUUGGAAUGUCGCCGCAAGUGGAUGCACUCUUUCCGGAGUCAAAAACAGACCUCAUUUUGAUUGUAGUAGCAGUGGAGCACGCUCUCCUGGCUUUGAAGUUUAUACUUGCCUUUGCCAUCCAUGAUAAACCACAGCACAUCCAGCUGAAACUGGCCAGAUUGGAAUUUGAGUCUUUGGAGGCGCUGAAGCAGCAGCAAAUGAAGCUGGUGGCCGAGAACCUGAAGGAAGAAGGCGGGAAGGAGAAGGCGACCUGAGCGAGGCGGAGGGCACCGAGCGGCUGAGCGGCUCCCAGCCCAGACCCAGGCUUGGCCGGACGCAGCAGCUCCCGUGGCAGCACCCACUCCUCCCAACGCGGUGUCCCAGCUCCGGGCAGUGAAGGGGGCGCUGGGCCCCAGCUCCUGGCAGCUCCCUCCCCUCCCCUCCCCUGCCCCGCCCCCACUCCCCCGGGUUUCUGCCCAAGCCCCACACUCCAUUCCUCACGCUGCACUCCACCUGCUGCCCUGAGCCUCUCUGUGGACCAACCACCAGCUCUCCAUGGCGCCCCUCACGGGACAGUCACACCCACCCCACCGCCGCCCGGGGAUCCGUGGGGCGGGUGGCGGCCCGGGUGCGAGCCACGCUGAAGGGGGCUCUGCCCAGCCUCCGUUCAGAGUGAGGGGUGGACAAGAGGCAGGGUUUCCAGUUCCCGACAACUCUACCUCUCUCCUGGUUCUGUUCUGCAAUAUGUUAGACACCUGAUCAGCAGAAGCAAUAGUAUCAGCUAUUAAAGGCACCUCUCUGGCUCCUA